CACAAUUACACAAUUAUUAUGUUCCUUCAUUGCUGAUCGUGUGUUGCUGAAUAUGAAACUAUUUCUGUAUUUUACAACCGGCUUGCUAACUCUUUUGGCAAUAAAUGGUAAGAAAAUAAAAAUACAAAUAGAAUCAGAAGAUGUGUUAAGAAUAUUCGAUGGAGUUGUUAAUUCAGAAACGUUAAGGAACUUUGCACAACAACUUGUUCAACGAGGUAUAUCGAAACAAAAUGGAGUUAAAAACCCAUAUCACCCAGAAGAUGACCUCGUCAAUAAAUAUGACGCAGUAGUUGACAAAGAACCACAAUCACCACUACCACCAGGAAAGCAUUCAUUUGUCAUAGAUUUGAAAAAUCCGCUUCGAGGUGAAGAAAAUAUAAAAAGAGAAAUCGAUGUAUCCGACCAAAACCAAAAUUCUGUUAUUGAUGAAUAUGCUGGACCGACAAAAGAUCCGUUGGAUCAAGAAAAUGAACAAUUUCUAAAUGGAAAUGAAGUUCCUAACGAUGACAUUUUAACUGAAGGUGAACUACCGGUGUCGUUGAAUAACAUAGAAGUUAAGUCAAAAAAUGACACAUUAAUUGAAAAAGAUGUGACAGAAAAGCGGAUUAAAGUUAAAAAGGAAAAUAAGAAGACAGUUGAUACUAAAAGAAUUGUAUUAACAAGAAAAGACGACAAUGGUAACGAAAAAGGUUUAGAAUUACUCGAUGAUAGAUACAAUUAUAAACCUCUACAAAAGAGAUUUGUUUUAAAAAAAUCGGCUUCAACUGGUGGUCCCCCAAUUCUAUAAUAAAUCACGGAAUAUAAUCCUUUUGUCUCUAGUAAAUGACUUUUUCUUUUCCUUACUUUGUUCCUCUCCUAUCACACAUGUAGAUAAACCAGAUAUUUAUGAUUACUGUACAGAUUCAAACAUCAUAGGAAUGAA